AUGGCGCCGGCGGUGGUGAGUGCCGACCAAGGCCUUACCGGCACGGCGACCGUCAAUGUCAUCGACACGGACAAGUUCCCAGCAGAUGGGCCUCUCCUCCAGGGAGCCCGCGUCUUUGCCCGACUCGCCAAGCGAACCAAUGAUCCAUCCAAGGGCGUGCUCGACCCUCACGACAUCAACAACGUCGGCUUCUUCUUCCUCUUCGCGCUCAUCGGCAUCGCCUUUGUCGCCACUGGCAUCUGGUUCUUCUUCUACGCCAAGAACGGCGGCAUUGUCUUCAAGGAUGACGAUUGGGACGACUACAAGUCUACGGUUCUGCGUCGCAGGGGACCCAACGGCACGGUUCUGUCUGGAGCCACCGAGUCGACUGAUCUGGGAGGCGGCAGCGUUUACAAGCGAUACGACGACGACGAUGAUGACCGGAGAACCGCAAUCACGGACAGCACGUACCUGACUGGCAUUACGGCGGGCGCCAGUGACAUCUUCGCCCGCGAGAAGCGCAAGAAGAAGAAGGAGGCCCGCGAAGCCGAACGCAGAAAGCGACGCGGCGAGAAGGGCAAAUCGACGGAGACUACUGCGUUUGAGGGCGUCCAGGACGACAAGGCGGAGCGCGAGGCCAAGAAGCACCUGCGCAGCUACCGUCACGAAAAGGCGGCUCGCGUUGGCGGAAUCAACAAGGAGGCCGAAGGCUCUGAGUGGGAAGGAUCCACGAACGCGGCGGAGUCUUCGGUCGGCGCCACGUCAGAACUGCUCGCGAACCAGGAACCCACGCCCACCUCGGAGCCACCUCCCAAGACGUCUGCUCCCCCCAAGUCGACGCCCAAGAGCGGCGGCAUCCGAAAGGUGUACUCGACCGCUGACCGGAGAGAGAGCAAGGAGGCGGAGCGGGAGCGUGCCGAGGCCCGAAAGCUGCGGGCCGCCAACAGGGUUGCCCAGCGGGACUUUGGAUACCAGAGGGCGGCGGGCGCGGUGACCAACAGCCAGCUGAGCGAGAGCCUGCUCUCGGGCAGCGGCACGGGCGACUCGACGACGCUGGGCGAGAGCAGCAUCCCCGAGGAGGAGAGCGAGGUCGGCACCAAGAGCUACCACCACCCCAUGCCGGAGCUCAAGGAGCAGCGGCGGAGGGAGAGAGAGGAGCGUAGGGCGAGGCGCAGCAAGAGCGGAUACCGACGUGGAAAUACGGAUGAGAAUACCGAUGUGUAA